UAAAAAGUGGUGGGUGACUUCUCCAGCUCAAUCUCUCUCCUCACUCACCAUCUCAAUCUUUCUUCAUUUACGGUGGCUACCUCCACGCCGAGAAGCCGCCGCCGUAUUCCAGACGUCGCCGCUGCCCACUUAUUAUUUCUUGUUCCGCCUCGUCAUCUCUCUCUGCGUGGAUGAGAUGCCGGUGGAGCUGCUCGUCGAGGCUCUUCAGAUAACAAAACAUAAAUAUUUAUUUAAUAACCUCAAAUUAGUUUAAAUUGUCAAUGUUUCGUUUGAGAUAAUUUUGUGUACAAAAUGUAGUUCCUUAAACAUAAAUAGAGGAAACUUGCAAGGUCAAAUUGUAAUAACCUAAAACUUCAUGCUUUUUUCCUUUUUCUUUAUUUUUUACAGAUUUCAAUAACAAAAAAAAUUCUGAAGAGCCGAUUGGCGGAAUCCAGUCUUUUUCUCUCUUUUGAGAAGAAAUAUAAGAAACCGUGCAGCUUUUUGAGCCUUUUUUUAAAUAUGUGACGAUAUACAUAGACACAUAUACAUGUAUUUCAUUAUUUCUGUUCCAUUUGCAUGAUUUAUUUCGUAUAAUUCGAGAAGUAGGGGGUGGUCAGGAAAGAUCUUGAUUGCUUGAAUCUCUAAUGGAACAGCUCAUCAACUUCAUUAUACGACCGCCCAGAGCUGAAUACAAUCCAAAAAAUGAUUUAUUAGAUGAAGAAUUUUUGCUAAAAGGGAAGUGGUACCAGAGGAAAGAUUUGGAGGUUAAAAAUAGUCGAGGAGAUGUUCUGCUAUGUAGCCAUUACAUGCCCGUUGUCCCUCCUGAAGGAAAGACACUGCCCUGUGUAAUCUACUGUCAUGGAAAUAGUGGUUGCCGUACAGAUGCCUGUGAAGCUGCUGUUAUAUUGUUGCCAUCGAACAUCACAGUUUUUACUCUUGACUUCUCUGGUUCUGGACUAUCAGGCGGAGAGCAUGUUACUUUGGGUUGGAAUGAGAAAGAUGAUCUCAAAGCUGUGGUUAAUUAUCUACGUGAAGAUGGAAAUGUUUCUUUAAUUGGAUUGUGGGGCCGCUCCAUGGGUGCUGUUACUAGCUUGAUGUAUGGAGCUGAGGAUCCUUCAAUUGCAGGAAUGGUUUUGGAUAGCCCCUUUUCUGAUUUGGUUGAUUUGAUGAUGGAACUGGUUGAUACAUACAAAGUUCGGCUCCCCAAAUUCACCGUUAAGUUUGCCAUCCAGUAUAUGAGAAAAGCUAUCCAGAGGAAGGCAAAAUUCGACAUUAUGGAGCUGAACACAAUUAAGGUUGCAAAAUCUAGCUUUGUCCCAGUUCUGUUUGGCCAUGCCAUCGAAGAUGAUUUUAUACAACCCCAUCACUCUGAUCGUGUUUUCGAUGCUUAUGUGGGAGACAAGAAUAUUAUAAAGUUCGAGGGGGAUCACAACUCUCCCCGCCCUCAGUUUUAUUUUGAUUCUAUAAGUAUUUUUUUCAACAAUGUAUUACAACCACCCGUGGAUGAAGGAGGAAGUACCUACUUCGACUUGAGUAACGACUAUUUCCCCAGGGGUAGAUGGAGCACGGUCCAGGAUUUGGAGCUUUCAGAUGAAUUAUUGGGUUCACCUUCUGGUCCACCAGCUACUAGCACUGAGGAUGCCAUCAGGCAACUUCGCUCCAGGAGGCCUAUGAGUGCGACUGUGGUUCCGGCAGAUAUCUCGUCCAAAGAUAAUCAACCUGACUCUGAGGUGGAGAGUCGGAGCUCCGAUGCUCAGCCAUCGACUUCUAACAUGAUAAGCCUUGAAUUCUCGAGAGAUAGUCCUCAUGGCUCGCUUGGGCCUGGAUCAGUAGACGACGACGAAUAUGUCGAGUACUCUCUUGAUAUGUUGGCAGAAUUUCCAAGCAAUGUUGAAGAAGAAGAAAGGAUGUUGAUGGUGGCCAUAUUCGAGUCGUUGAAGGACUCAAAAGAACCAUCAUCGGGCGUUGGCAGCAGUUCUCCCCCUAACCUAGAACCGGCACCAAAACACGAAGCAGAAGGCACAAUCUUACAACCAGAGACUUCUUCUCAAAAUCCACCAUCUUCCGAAGCAGAACAUUCUUAAACUUGCUCUCCUAGUGAUGACACGCCGAAGGCUGACACAAGUACUGUAAGCAAUGCGGGUGCCCCACAUCCCAAGCAAGAAUAAACGACGUCUCAGAUUGAUGCACCGCCGGAUAAUCGCAGGCAGUCUGAUGUCGACAUGGCUGACCGGACGAAAGUCACCGUAGAGGUCGAGAAAAACCCGACAGCCAAUAUCAUAGACGGUUUGUUGCGUCGCUGGGAUAUCUUCAGAAACAGAUGAUUUAUAGUUUAGCAUUUGAAGCAAACCUCCACACAGUUACCACUCUGAAAUGUGAUGAUAAAAAUGGUGUCAUUUGUUGUAUCUAUUGGUUGAAUAUUCUUUCAAAGUCUUUGUACAGAUGAUGCAAAUUUGUUUGACUUCUAAUCGAUCUUGAAAUAAUUGUUGCA